AUGGCAUUUGGAGCCCCAUUCUCAGGCUCGGAGGUGUUAUUACACCAAUUCAUGCAACGAAAACAGCAGAAGGAUCCGACCAAUCCAAACAAGUAUAAUAAUGCCGAAAUCAAAUCAUUCCCCGCAGGACUACCUGAGCCAGUCACGAUUCUGCACAUCUUGUUCAAGGACUACCAGGCACAGCUCCAACUACUCCUCACCCAGCUCCAAUCCCACACAAGUAAUACUAACACGGCACGCGAAUUUACAUUUGAAACCACCAAGCAAAAUGACCUCGAAAACCUCCUGGGUAGCAAGGACUACACUACGCUGAAAGGUCAGGUGCGGUCUAUUAUAACCAAGUCAGCACGUCUCGCAAAUGCUAUAAAGCUUCCGAAGAACAGUAAUACCACUAGGUUCGAACAGGCUCUUGAACAAUUUGCAAGACAAUUAAAGGAGAUAGCGGGGCUUCAGAUACAUAGAAAUGCCGGUUGGGACGAGCACGAGACGCUCUUAGAAGCUCUAAGGGAUUCCAUGUCGAUUGACCUUCAGGAGAAAUCGGGAAUACGAACCACGUACCGGCCUUCUCCUCUGAUAAUUGCUCAAUGGAAUAUGGAAGACAGCGACACCCAAGAGCUUAUAUCAGAUAUCCAAGGCUCUAUCGAACAUCUAAAAAAGAUUUUCGCGAAAUUCCGCAAACCAGUCUUGAAAGACUUUAGUAAAAAGGCUGUUAUAGCCUCUUGGCCACUAGAUGUUACUCCGAAUCUAAAUGAUAAGAUAUACAACGACUCGGACUCCGAGCUCUUAUCAGAGAAUCCCAGUCUUGCUUCAGAGAGGGACGGAUCGAUUCUGGAGAACUCCAAAUAUGAAUUUGGCGGCACCGGGUGGCUGAUAGGACCAUCAACUGUCGUUACAUGUGCCCAUAAUCUCUAUGACAGGGAGAGCGGCAAGCAUGCCACCAAAGUAGCAGUGUUCAUCGGCAGAAAGGACAAUGAGGCUACUGUGGACACGAAGCAGGAAAAAGUGUACGCGCGAAUAGUCGCCGUCCACUGGGGCUAUUAUAAACACUCUCAGAAAUGGAACGAUUUUGCCAUUAUGGAGCUCAUAGCGCCAUUUCAAGAUGUACAGGUCAUCGCUUGGAGAGACACUCCACUCUCGAGUGGGAAGACAAUAUUGAAGGUGGUGGGGUAUCCCGGCGACUUACCACAUGACAGCAAAGAGGAAGUGAAAGGAAAAGUUAUGUAUCAGAGCGAGUGUCCGGUUUCCUGGUAUGACCUCGUCGCUGACAACUAUACCCUGAGAUAUGGGCUCGACACAAACAAAGGUCUGCUGCCCACUCGUUGA